AUGACCGCAUACAUCUUGCAUACAUCCAUGUGCUACGUCAAACACGAAACAAAAUCGUUUGUCUGCAAAGCUACGACUGGCAACGUCAAUGUCGUCGGUGGGGAAGGAAUAGCGACGGCCUCCUUCUCUGUCCACCGUGUCUGCGCACCGCACGAGAAUGCAGGCAAGGCUUAUCAUUCGUACGUGGAGUCGUACGAUCCAACCGCAGGCCCACUCCUCGGCCGAGCUGACUGGUGUGAACAAAAUGGUCUCCGCUACUGCGAUAACCCUGCUACGUACUGGGCGACUUGGACCACUACUCGCGAAUGUAUCUCUAUGCGCAAAAACGGAGAGGGGUCGUGUCAGCAAAAGGGGAAACCCCACAAGCAUCACAACGCUCCAGGCUUGGCGCCGGUUGCCAGUGAAUAA